AUGGAGGAAAAGCUGAGCCAGCAGAGCCACUCAGACCUGAAGGCCCCAGUCUCCCAGCUCAGCUCCAACCUACAGAGCAUCUUCAAACAGAGGCACAGACACUUUGACCGUAAGGGAGAGAUCGAGACGCAUGCCCACACACCUACCUUCCUAAUGUAUCAGUCCAUUUAUGUCCCACCUGCCUGUGCACUGGCUGCCUGCAGCAGAGACACCGAGUCUACCUGUCUGUGGCCUGUCCACCUGUCUCUCAACGUCUGUCACUGCCCCUCUCUGGCCAAUCCCAUCUCCCCUGCCUUGCCCUACGCUCUGGGGAGAGAGAGGCACACAUGCUCCCAGACAGACCACACACGCACCCAGAACCAGUCUUCUUUCCCUUAACACACGUACUGUUCUCUCUCUGUGUGUGAAUAAAUAUCCAGAUCGGGUUUCCACUACCUGUCCUACAUGUGACAAUGCUGAGUCACUGACGAAUUAAAACGGGACAGUUUUGUAUUUGUAUUUAUUAUGGAUCCCCAUUAGCUGCUGCCAAGGCAGCAGCUACUCUUCCUGGGGUCCAGCAAAAUUAAGGCAGUUCUACAAUUUUAAAAACUUUACAACAUAUCCACAGAUUUCACAACACACUGUGUGCCCUCAGGCCCCUACUCCACCACUACCACAUAUCCACAAUACAGAACCCAUGUGUACGUGUGUGUAUAGUGCGUAUGUUAUCGUGUGUCUGUGCCUAUGUUUGUGUUGCUUCACAGACCCCGCUGUUCCAAAAUGUUUUAUCUGUUUUUUAAAUCGAAUUUUACUGCUUGCAUCAGUUACUUGAUGUGGAAUAGCGUUCCAUGUAGUCAUGGUUCAAUGUAGUACUGUGCGCCUCCCAUAGUCUUGGGGACUGUGAAGAGACCUCUUGUGGGGUAUGCAUGGGUGUCAGAGCUGUGCACCAGUAGUUCAAACAGACAGCUCGGUGCAUUCAACAUGUCAAUACCUCUUAUGAAUAUGAGUAGUGAUGAAGUCAAUCUCUCCUUCAUUUUGAGCCAGGAGAGAUUGACAUGCAUAUUAUUAAUAUUAGCUCUCUGUGUACAUCCAAGUGCCAGAUGUGCUGCCCUGUUCUGAGUCAAUUGCAAUUUUCCUGAGUCCCUUUUUGUGGCACCUGACCACACGACUGAACAGUAGUCCAGGUGCGACAAGACUAGGGCCUGUAGGACCUGCCUUGUUGAUAGUCCUGUUAAGAAGGUAGAGCAGUACUUUAUUAUGGACCAACUUCUCCCCAUCUUAGCUAUUGUUGUAUCAAUAUGUUUGGACCAUGACAGUUUACAAUCCAAGGUUACUCCAAGCAAUUUAGUCACCUCAACUUGCUCAAUUUCCACAUAAGUUAUUACAAUAUUUAGUUGAGAUUUAGGGUUUAGUGAAUGAUUUGUCCCAAUACAAUGCUUUCAGUUUUAGAAAUAUUUAGGACUAACUUAUUCCUUGACACCCACUCUGAAACUAACUGCAGUUCUUUAAGUGUUGCAGUCAUUUCAGUCACUGUAGUAGCUGACAUGUAUAGUGUUGAGUCAUACACAUACAUAGACACACUGGCAUUACUCAAAGCCAGUGGCAUGUCGUUAGUAAAUAUUGUAAGGGGCCUAGACAGCUGCCCUGGGGAAUUCCUGAUUAUACCUGGAUUAUGUUGGUGAGGCUUCCAUUAAAGAACACCCUCUGUGUUCUGUUAGACAGGUAACUCUUUAUCCACAAUAUAGCAGGGGGUGUAAAGCCGUAACACAUAAGUUUUCCAGCAACAGACUAUGAUCGAUAAUGUCAAAAAGCACAAUGAAGUCUAACAAAACAGACCCCACAAUCUUGGUAUCAUCAAUUUCUCUCAGCCAAUCAUCAGUCAUUUGUGUAAGUGCUGUUCUUGUUGAAUGUCCUUCCCUAUAAGCAUGCUGAAAGUUUUGUUUACUAUAAAAAUAGCAUUGAAUCUGGUCAAACACAAUUAUUUCCAAAAGUGUACUAGUAACAGGAUGCUAGGUCGGCUAUUUGAGCCAGGAAAGGGGGCUUUUCUAUUCUUAGGUAGCGGAAUGACUUUUGCUUCCCUCAAAGCCUGGGGGCACACACUUUCUAGUAGGCUUAAAUUGAAGAUAUGGCAAAUAGGAGUGGCAAUAUCGUUCACUAUUAUCCUCAGUAAGUUUCCAUCCAGGUUGUCUGACCCCGGUGGCUUGUCAUUGUUGAUAGACAACAAUAAUUGUUUCACCUCUUUCACACUCAUUUUACGAAAUUCAAAAUUACAAUGCUUGUCUUUCAUGAUUUGGUCAGAUAUACUUGGAUGUGCAGUGUCAGAGUUUGUUUCUGGCAUGUCAUGCCUAAGUUUUCUAAUCUUGCCAAUAAAAAAAUCAUAAAGGUACUUGGCAAUAUCAGUUGGUUUUGUGAUGAAUGAGCCAUCUGAUUCAAUGAAUGAUGGAGCGGAGUUUGCCCUUUUUCCCCAAAUUUCAUUUAAGGUGCUCUAAAGCUUUUUUUUACUAUCAUUCUUUGUCAUUUAUCUUUCCAUAGUGUAGUUUCUUCUUUUUAUUCAGUUUAGUCUCAUGAUUUCUCAAUUUGCUAUAUGUUUGCCAAUCGGUUAUGCUGCCAGACUUAUUUGCCAUUCAUUUUGCCUCAUCCCUCUCAACCAUACAAUUUCUCAAUUCCUCAUCAAUCCACAGGGAUUUAACAGUUCUUACAGUCAUUUUCUUAAUGGGUGCAUACUUAUUAGUAACUGGAAUAAGCAAUUUCAUAAAUGUGUUAAGUGCAGCGUCUGUUUGCUCCUCAUUACACACCACAGACCAACAAAUAUUCAACAACAUAGGAAUAACUGCACAACUUCUUGUAUGACCUCUUAUACACUAUAUUAGGGGACAGCCUUUGAAACUUUGGUUUUCUUAGAUAUGGCUACUAUAUGGUGGUCACUACAUCCGAUGGAUCUGGAUACUGCUUUCAAGCAAAUUUCUGCAGCAUUAGUAAAGAUGUGAUCAAUACAUGUUGAUGAUUUCAUUCCUGUGCUGUUUGUAACUACCCUGGUAGGUUGACUGAUAACCUGCACCAGAUUGCAGGCACUGGUUACAGUUUGAAGCUUUUUCUUGAGUGGGCAGCUUGAUGAAAGCCAGUCAAUAUUUAAAUCACCCAGAAUAUAUACCUCUCUGUUGAUAUCACAUACAUUAUCAAGCAUUUAACACGUUAUCCAGAUACUGACUAUAGCAGCUUCCCACCAGAAUGGGCUUUAGGUGAGGCAGAUGAAUCUGUAGCCAUAAUACUUCAAAAGUAUUUAACAUGAGAUCCUCUCUAAGCUUUACAGGAAUGUGGUUCUGAAUAUAAACAGCAACACCUCCACCAUUGGCAUUUCUAUAUUUUCUGUAAAUGUUAUAACCUUGUAUUGCUACCACUGCAUCAUCUAAGGGAGUUUCUGAGAUAGUCAGAAUAUGAAUGUCAUCUGUUACUAGCAAAUUAUUGAUUUCAUUAACCUUGUUUCUAAAGCUACAUGUGUUAACGUGGGCUAUUUUGAGCACUUCUCUUCUGGGUUGCUUACUUGUUUGCAUUGCUUUACUGGGAAGCUUAGCAGAAGUAGAUAUGCUCAUGUUUUUUUAUGUUAGUGCAGGGUGAGCUGCCCACAGUGGACUUCCUCCUAGGGCACACCUCCUCAGUGCUAACAGUAUAAAUCUUGUUCAUAGGCACAUUAUUACUGUAUAAAAUAGCUGUAGGAUCAGCAGAGGCAUUCAGGGCAGUUAGAGGGACAUACAUUCGGUUACUUACAUUGUGUCUACUAAAGCCCCUGGUGUAAUGUACAUUUGCUGAAGCAUUAUGACAACUCUGCAUCACAAUGUUAGGGAUUAGCUGAGCUGGGCUUGGGUCAUUGAUAAGUCAUUGUGUCGCAGCUUUAUAAUGCUGUGAAAGGAUCCACGAACCCAAAUGAUUUAGGUGGAUCCCAUCCUCCUUAUAAAGCGACGAAGGUGCAGGAAGAUCAGGCUCCAGGACGGCAAAACUAUUCGCCGUUUGUAUCCGCUCCGGGCCUCUCGUUGGGAGGCUAGACUGCUUUGCGGGAGGCCGCUGUCUUCGGCUUCCUUGGCUUUUGACAUGUGACCAUCGUUGAUUGCCUUGCUCCUCUUGCUGUGCUCUUUUGACUUCGCUAUCAGAUGGAGGAGCGCCAGGCAACACCGGCCAGUUGGAUAACGACAAACGACAAGGCAGAGAUGCAUCCAACAUGCGCGAACGCCGUCCAGCCACCGGCGUAGAAUAUGUAAACAUUCCACUCUGCAUGUGCGUGUGUGUGCGUUUUGCAUGUGUGUGUGUGGGAUAGUUGGUAACAGGAAGCAUGUGAAUUGCAGCCAGAUGUGAACAGGAAUUUGACGUGUCGGAAUGUGGUGGCUGCUUUAGCUCCUCUCUCUCUCACUCACUCACUCACUCACUCACUCACUCACUCACUCACUCACUCACUCUCACUCUCACUGCCCUUUGUCUCAUUUUCACUCUUCUCAUGUCUCUGCAGGGUUCGAUACUGUGACCAAAACAGUCGCAUUUGCAACUGUUUGAAUUGGCUGUGCGACACACAUUUUGAAUUGGUCUUAAGGGUGCCAAUGAAAACAAUUUACCUGGUCAUGUUAGUUUUUGGUUCACAAUGUACUUUUUUAUCAUCAUGAUUUAUUCAAACAAUAAUGUGCAAUUGACCAAAAAUAAACCAACUUUCUGAAGAGGCAACAACAGCAUGGGAAUGCCCCUGUCUGUGUGUCGGGGCUCGACAUACAGGGGAGGUUUUGGAAAGUCUAUCAUCCCCGUCAGUGGCCUGCUUAGGUCAGUGAAAAAAAGAUUGUAAUAAUGCCAUUUUUAAUCUAGGCUAUUUGAUUGAUUAAAAAAACCAGAUGGAUUCCCGAAGCUGUUCGUUCGUUAUGUCGAUUAUUUAUCACACGCGUGCUGCACACAUCCAAGAUGGCAUAGCAGUGCGGUCGUGUUUUCUGUAGUGUCCUUUAUGUAAAUAGCCUGUUUUUUGUAUUUUUUGUAUUUUUCGUAUAUAUUUUUCAAUCUCACUUUCCAUCCUUUAACUAAAUAUACUUUCCUGCAACCCGCCUCACCCAAUGUGGAACGGAUUCUGUUGUUUCUUCAUACAUUUUUAUCCAGAACCUCUGGCUGAAACUAGCCAGCUAGCCAGCUAACUAGCUACUUGCUAUUAGCCACCGUUUAGCGGUCUUCACCAUUGUCCGUGGCAGUGGCCUGCACUACAUACCAGCCAGCCAGCUCUAGCCUGGACUAUUAUUCGGCCAGUCUGCACAGCACGUUAUCGACCCUGAACAUAUCGUUUUUUCUGCUGGAAUCACUGAACCAUUAACACCGGAUUCAUCACUACUAGCUAGCUGCAACCAAAUGGACGUUUUGUGGUUGGCUAAUCAGCCCUGAGUUAGCCUUGAGCCAGGCCCAUCUCCCGGCUAUCUACCUCCUUGUCAACCGGACGGGACCUCCUAGUGUCGACACGGAGCCCUGCCGAUCCAACACGACUGGUCUGCUGACGAAAUCGUCUGAUGUGGUUACAACAGGCUUCCCGUUACGACGUCGACCACGAAGAUCCAUCUGCUAGCCCCGGCCCGCUAGCACACGCUAGCCGUGGCCUCUUGCUAGCUAGUGCUGUAGCAGCCCCCGAACUUCCUCCGAACUCUCCUAUUGCUGUUCACCGGACCUUAUGAUAACUCAGCUAUACAGCUGAUGCCUGCUGGACUGUUCCAUUUUACGGUACCGCAUCCUGUUUAUGUUUAGCCUCAGCCCAAACUUUGUCGACAUUACCAGCUGUUGUCUUAGCUCUCUCGAAUUACACCUGUGAUUGCUUUAUGCCUCUCUCCCAUGUCAAUAUGCCUUGCUUAUUGCUGUUUCGCUUAUUUCUUAUUAUACUAUUUCACAGUAGAUCCCCCAGCCCAGCUAAACCUGCCUUAGAUAGCUCUUUUGUCCCACCCCCCAUACACGCAGAGACCGACUCAAUCGGCGCCUCCAGUGAUGCUAUCUCCUUCAUCGUUACCCAACGCUUAGGUUUACCUCCACUGUACUCCUAUCCUUCCAUAUCCUGUUCUGUACAUAAUGCCCUGAAUCUAUUCUACAACGGCCGGAAACCUGCCCCUUUUUUUCUCUGUACCCAACGCACUAGAAGACCAGUACUUAAAGCCUUUAGCCAUAUCCUUAUUCUACUCCUCCUCUGUUCCUCUGGUGAUGUAGAGGUUAACCCAGGCCCUGUAGCCCCCAGUAUCACUCCUACUCCCCAGAUGUUAUCAUUUGUUGACUUCUGUAAUCGUAAAAGCCUUGGUUUCUUGCACGUUAAUAUCCGAAGCCUCCUUCCUAAGUUUGAGUUAUUCACUGCGCUAGCACACUCCGCCAACCCUGAUGUUCUAGCAGUGUCUGAAUCCUGGCUUAGGAAGGCCACCAAAAAUUCAGAAAUGUCCAUCCCCAUCUACAACAUUUUCCGUCUCGAUAGAACUGCCAAAGGGGGUGGGGUUGCAAUCUACUGCAGAGCUCUAUCGUACUAUCAAGGUCUGUGCCCAAACAGUUUGAGCUUCUACUGCUAAAAAUCCACCUUUCCAGAAAUAAGUCUCUCACUGUUGCCGCUUGCUACAGACCCCCCUCAGCCCCGAGCUGUGCCCUGGACACCAUAUGUGAACUGAUUGCCCCCCAUCUAUCCUCAGAGUUCGUACUGCUUGGUGACCUAAACUGGGAUAUGCUUAACACCCCGGCCAACCUACAAUCUAAACUAGAUGCCCUCAAUCUCACACAAAUUAUCAACAAACCUACCAGGUACAACCCUAAAUAUGUAAACAUGGGCACCCUCAUAGAUAUCAUCCUGACAAAUGUACCCUCUAAAUACACCUCCGCUGUCUUCAACCAGGAUCUCAGCGAUCACUGCCUUAUUGCCUGCGUCCGUAAUGGGUCCGCGAUCAAACGACCACCCCUCAUCACUGUCAAACGCUCCCUAAAACACUUUAGCGAGCAGGCCUUUCUAAUUGACCUGGCCCGGGUAUCCUGGAUGGAUAUUGACCUCAUUCCGUCAGAGGAUGCCUGGUUGUUCUUUAAAAGUGCUUUCCUCUCAAUCUUAAAUAAGCAUGCCCCAUUCAAAAAAUUCAGAACUAAGAACAGAUAUAGCCCCUGGUUCUCCUCAGACUUGACUGCCCUUGACCAGCACAAAAACAUCCUGUGGCGUACUGCAUUAGCAUCAAACAGCCCCCGCGAUAUGCAACUUUUUAGGGAAGUCAGGAACCAAUAUACACAAUCAGUUAGGAAAGCAAAGGCUAGCUUUUUCAAACAGAAAUUUGCAUCCUGUAGCACUAACUCCAAAAAGUUUUGGGACACUGUAAAGUCCAUGGAAAAUAAGAGCACCUCCUCCCAACUGCCCACUGCACUGAGGCUAGGAAACACUGUCCAACCGAUAAAUCUACAAUAAUCGAGAAUUUCAACAAGUAUUUUGCUACGGCUGGCCAUGCUUUCCACCUGGCUACCACUACCCCGGCCACCAGCUCUGCACCCUCCGCUGCAACUUGCCCAUACCCCCCCCCCCCCCCCCCCCCCCCCCCCCCACUUCUCCUUCACACAAAUUCAGACAGCUGAUGUUCUAAAAGAGCUAACAAAUCUGGACCCCUACAAAUCAGCUGGGCUAGACAAUCUGGACCCUUUCUUUCUAAAAUUAGCCGCCGAAAUUGUCGCAACCCCUAUUACUAGCCUGUUCAACCUCUCUUUCGUAACGUCUGAGAUCCCCAGAGAUUGGAAAGCUGCCGCGGUCAUCCCCCUCUUCAAAGGGGGUGACACUCUAGAUCAAACUGUUACAGACCUAUAUCCAUCCUGCCCUGCCUUUCGAAAGUAUUUGAAAGCCAAGUUAACAAACAGAUUUACAUUUUACUCAUUUAGCAGACGCUCUUAUCCAGAGCGACUUACAGUUAGUGAAUACAUAUAUAUUAUAUAUUUUUUAAAUACUGGCCCCCCGUGGGAAACGAACCCACAACCCUGGCGUUGCAAACGCCAUGCUCUAUCAACUGAGCUACAUCCCUGCCGGCCAUUCCCUCCCCUACCCUGGACGACGCUGGGCCAAUUGUGCGCCGCCCAUGAGUCUCCCGGUCGCGGCCGGCUGCGACAGAGCCUGGAUUCGAACCAGGAUCUCUAGUGGCACAGUUAGCACUGCGAUGCAGUGCCUUAGACCUGAUUCGAAAUGAUCACCGACCAUUUCGAAUCCCACCGUACCUUCUCCGCAAUGCAAUCCGGUUUCCGAGCUGGUCAUGGGUACACCUCAGCCACGCUCAAGGUCCUAAACGAUAUUAUAAACGCGAUCGAUAAAAGACAGUACUGUGCAGCCGUCUUCAUCGACCUGGCCAAGGCUUUCGACUCUGUCAACCACCAAAUUCUUAUUGGCAGACCAAAUAGCCUUGGUUUCUCUAAUGACUGCCUCACCUGGUUCACCAACGACUUCUCAGAUAGAGUUCAAUGUGUCAAAUCGGAGGGCCUGUUGUCUGGACCUCUGGCCGUCUCUAUGGGCGUGCCACAGGUUUCAAUUCUCGGGCCGACUCUACUCUCUGUGUAUAUCAAUGAUGUCGCACUUGCUGCUGGUGACGCUCGGAUCUACCUCUAUGCAGACGACACCAUUUUGUAUACAUCUGGCCCUUCAUUGGACACUGUGUUAACAAACCUCCAAACGAGCUUCAAUGCCAUACAACACUCCUUCCGUAGCCUCCAACUGCUCUUAAACACUAGUAAAACUAAAUGCAUGCUCUUCAACCGAACGCUGCUUGCACCCGCCCACCCGACUAGAAUCACUACUUUUGGCGGGUCUGACCUAGAGUAUGUGGACAACUACAAAUACCUAGGUGUCUGGUUAGACUGUAAACUCUCCUUCCAGACUCACAUUAAGCAUCUCCAAUCAAAAGUUAGAUCUAGAAUCGGCUUCCUAUUUAGCAACAAAGCCUCCUUCACUCAUGCUGCCAAACAUGAUCUCGUAAAACAGACUAUCCUACCGAUCCUUGACUUCGGCGAUGUCAUUUACAAAAUAGCCUCCAACACCCUACUCAGCAAAUUGGAUGUAGUCUAUCACAGUGCCAUCCGUUUUGUCACCAAAGCCCCAUAUACUACCCACCAUUGUGACCUUUACGCUCUUGUUGGCUGGCCCUCACUACAUAUUCGUCGCCAAACCCACUGGCUACAGGUCAUCUAUAAAUCACUGCUAGGCAAAUCCCCGUCUUAUCUUAGCUCACUGGUCACCAUAGCAACACCCACCCGUAGUCUGCGCUCCAGCAGGUAUAUCUCACUGGUCAUCCCCAAAGCCAACACCUCCUUUGGCCGCCAUUCCUUCCAGUUCUCUGCUGCCAAUGACAGGAACGAACUGCAAAAAUCUCUGAAGCUGGAGACUCUUAUCUCCAUCACUAACUUUAAGCGUCAGUUGUCAGAGCAGCUUACCGAUCACUGCACCUGUACACAGCCUUUCUGAAAUUAGCCCACCAAACUACCUCAUCCCCAUAUUGUUAUUUAUUUUGCUAAUUUGCACCCCAGUAUCUCUAUUUGCACAUCAUCUUCUGCACAUCUAUCAUUACAGUAUUGUACGAAAUUGUAACUAUUUUGCACUAUGGCCUAUUUAUUACCUUACCUCCAUAACUUACUAUAUUUGAACACACUGUAUAUAUAUUUUCUGUUGUAUUUUUGACUUUAUGAUUUGUUUACCCCAUAUGUAACUCUGUGUUGUUUUUAUCACACUGCUUUGCUUUAUCUUGGCCAGGUUGCAGUUGUAAAUGAGAACUUGUUCUCAACUGGCUUACCUGGUUAAAUAAAGUUGAAAAAAAUAAAAAAUAUAUAGCCUACAGAUAAUCUGUCGGGCAGAGAGAGCACGCAGCUCUCAAACAGCUGGUUGUUGCGUGGAGUGAUGACCAAUAGUGGUUGCAAAGUUGUUCCAAGUUAUGAUAUCUGCCAGUAAAUGCUAAGGCAAGAAUGGGUAUGCAAACCAGGUAUUUAAAAAGUUAAAAGUCUUGGUAGAAUAUUUGCAAUUCACAAUUCAGUCAUCAUGGAAUAGCUUACCUGGAAAAUCAGACAUUUUCUCUAGGAUCUUUGGUCCUUGAAGUUAUGGUAGCUGAUUUUUAGAAGUUCUCCUACUCCAAUAUACAAUUAUUCUGUGAUUUCAUUUCUGAUAAUUAUUUUUGAGAGAGGCCUAAGUGCUUUCGUUUGUUUCCUGCUGUUUCAUUUGAAGCGUGUUGCGGUCAAAAAAACAUGUUUUAUGAGCAAGACAACAUCGUGUUCCAUUACAAAGGGAACCCGGUUUUUGGUCGCUUUCUUGUUUUAAAACAUGAUACAGUAACCCCUCAAUAACUCUUCAAAAUCUCAAAUUGCGAGACUGACUACUGUAGCUACCACAUGGACAGACUUCAUUAGUGUGUUUGUGUUGGGAGCAUGCAGUCUAUUUAGUCAGGCAAUGCCCACAUUAUUCUGACAUAUUUUAGAAUGAAAAAAAUGCAUAAUGCCAUUGGGUAGGCCUAUAUAAAAAAUAAUAAUUUUUAAGGUGGUAAUGCAAACUUUUUUGCAUACAUUUGAGGGAGUUUUCUUUCUAUAGGCUAUUGCAACAAUUAAAUAUAAAAUGUAGGUCCUUAAAUUACAAUUAAGUGCUAGAAAAAGUCCUUGAAAGUACUUGAAUUGGACUUGUCAAUGUCUGUAUGAUCCCUGUAUAGGCUACUUGCUCAUCCCCCAAAUGAAAGAUAAAAUCACCUUCUAUUGAAGUUAUGCACGCAUCAUUUGCUUUCCUGUCAGAUCUUGACCCAGGCAAGUAUUUCAUUUUUAUUCGGGCCAGUAGCUUUCAAUUGGCACUGGCCCGGUGUGCCACUGGCAAAUUUACCUGAAUGUCGAGCCCUGCUGUGCAGUAUGUGUAGGGCUUACAGUGAGGGAAAAAAGUAUUUGAUCUCCUGCUGAAUUUGUACGUUUGCCCACUGACAAAGACAUGAUCAGUCUAUAAUUUUAAUGGUAGGUUUAUUUGAACAGUGAGAGACAGAAUAACAACAACAAACAUCCAGAAAAACGCAUGUCAAGAAUGUUCAUUUUCAUUUUAAUGAGGGAAAUAAGUAUUUGACCCCUGUGCAAAACAUGACUUAGUACUUGGUGGCAAAACCCUUGUUGGCGAUCACAGAGGUCAGACAUUUCUUGUAGUUGGCCACCAGGUUUGCACACAUCUCAGGAAGAAUUUUGUUCCACUCCUCUUUGCAGAUCUUCUCCAAGUCAUUAAGGUUUCGAGGCUGACGUUUGGCAACUCGAACCUUCAGCUCCCUCCACAGAUUUUCUAUGGGAUUAAGGUCUGGAGACUGGCUAGGCCACUCCAGGUCCUUAAUAUGCUUAUUCUUGAGCCACUCCUUUGUUGCCUUGGCUGUGUGUUUUGGGUCAUUGUCAUGCUGGAAUACCCAUCCACGACCCAUUUUCAAUGUCCUGGCUGAGGGAAGGAGGUUCUCACCCGAGAUUUGACGGUACAUGGCCCCCGUCCAUCGUCCCUUUGAUGCGGUGAAGUUGUCCUGUCCCCUUAGCAGAAUAACACCCCCAAAGCAUAAUGUUUCCUCCUCCAUGUUUGACGGUGGGGAUGGUGUUCUUGGGGUCAUAGGCAGCAUUCCUCCUCCUCCAAACACGGCGAGUUGAGUUGAUGCCAAAGAGCUCCAUUUUGGUCUCAUCUGACCACAACACUUUCACCCAGUUCUCCUCUGAAUCAUUCAGAUGUUCAUUGGCAAACUUCAGGCCCUGUAUAUGUGCUUUCUUGAGCAGGGGGACCUUGCGGGCACUGCAGGAUUUCAGUCCUUCACGGCGUAGUGUGUUACCAAUUGUUUUCUUGGUGACUAUGGUCCCAGCUGCCUUGAGAUCAUUGACAAGAUCCUCCUGUGUAGUUCUGGGCUGAUUCCUUACCGUUCUCAUGAUCAUUGCAACUCCACGAGGUGAGAUCUUGCAUGGAGCCCCAGGCCGAGGGAGAUUGACAGUUAUUUUGUGUUUCUUCCAAUACUCCCUCUCGCUCUCUCUCCCCUCUCCCUCUCUCUCGAUCUCUCUCUCCCCCUCCCUCUCUCGCGCUCUCUUAUCCCCCUCCCUUUCCCCCUCUCUCUCGCUCUCUCCCUACCUCGCUCUCUCUCUCGCUCUUCCCCCUCCCUCUCUUUCCCCCUCCCUCUUUCUCCCCACUCCCUCUCUCCCCCGCCCUCUCUCUCCCCACUCCCUCUCUCUUGAUCUCUCUCUCUCCAUCCCUCAAGCUCUCUCAAUCGCUCGCCCUCUCUUGCUCUCCAUCCCUCUCUCUGGCUCUCCCUCCCUCUCUCUGGCUCUCCCUCCCCCUCACUCUCUCUCUUUAGCUCUCCCUCCCUCUCUCAAUCACUCUCUCCCUAUCGCUCGCUCUCUCUCCCCCUCCCCUCUCUCUUGAUCUAUCUCCCCCUCCUCUCCCUCUCACGCUCUCUCCCUACCUCUCUCCCCCCUCUCGCUCUCUCUCGCUCUUCCCCCCCCUCCCUCCCUCUCGCCGCUCCCUCCCCCACUCGCUCGCUCUCUCUUCCCUCUCCCCCUCUAGAUAUUUCAAUUCAAUUUAAGGGCAUAAUUGGCAUUGGAAACACAUGUUUACAUUGCCAAAGCAAGUGAAAUAGAUAAUAAACAAAAGUGAAAUAAACAAUACAAAAAAUGUACAGUAAACAUUACACUCACAAAAGUUCCAAAAUAAUAGAAAUUUCUCUCACUCUCUCUUGAUAUCUCUCUCGCUCUCUCUCUUAUCCUCUCUCUCGCUCUCUCCCUCCCUUGCGCUCUUUCUCUCUUUCUCGCUCUCCCUCGCUCUCCCCCUCCCUCUCUCCCCCUGCAAAGACUAAUUGGCACAAAUAGGGUGCAAUUACUGCCUGGGCUGGGACAUGGAGGGGCAGGGUUUAGUGGGGUGGGAGGGAAGGUAUGGAUGUCCAGUUGUCCUAAUAGGAUGAAGGGGAGGGAGGCGUGCAAAGGGGAUUGGUCAGCUCCUCUUGAGGUGAUGGAUUGGGCCCAACAACAGCGCUUCAUACUUCAGGGAUGUCAGGAGGAACAUAUGGAAAUGCCAACAAAGCAAGUCACUGAGGUAUAAGAAAGCCCUACUUCACAGAGGAAGGAUAACAUUCUUCCAGGCCCUCUUUGUCUAACAAGAUUCUUGCUGACAGGAUCUACAUUCAGAUUCUCACACAAACAUACACACAUAUAGGCUAAGGGUCUAUACUGCCUCAUACGUCCUUAGUGUUUCCCUACACACUAUGCUCUCUCUCCUGUAACCUUUCACCUACAUUUUACUUAACCAAUGGCUGAGCAGCAGGCACAUUUUUUUGAAGGGAGUGUGUGUGUGCUGCUCCACGGCUUAGCUGUUGGCUGACUGCUGGCUGUAUGUCAUAAACCGUUUUUUAAUGACGAAGCAAGAUGCCUGUGUAAUGCUGCUUUCAUACUAAAGGCCUUAGCUUCAGCCUGAGAAACCCGCUCAACUCUAAUCGAUCUUUAAAAAGUACCAGAAGUUACAACUAGAAGGGAGUUUUGUGCUACCUCCUGAUACUCUAUUCCCCAGUAGCAUAUACAUCUUUGCCAGGGAGAAUCGAUUGGGUGUGAAGUAGUGGUACUCGGUACAAGUUAUCGUUACUCAUUGUGUAUCUUUUAUUACUUUUUAUUAUUACGCGUUUUACUUUUCUAUUAUUUUUCUAUUUUCUUUCUCUCUGCAUUGUUGGGAAGGGCCCGUAAGUAAGCAUUUCACUGUUACAUGCUGACUAGACCGGACACGCGCAUGAGUCUGCCAUUGCGCGCAUGUUGAUUUUGGCCAUCCACGCCAGACGCGAUCAGGACAUGUUGGUUGAAAUAUCAAAACGAACUCUGAACCAAGUAUAUUCAUUUGGGGACAGGGGGGUGAGGCAGUGCAGGAUAACAUUUUGUUUUAAUCUCUGUCAGUGGAGCUUGGUGCCCUCUCCCCUGCCUUUGUGUGGGGUGUGUGACCAUGCUGGGAGGUAAAUGGAAGGGCUGCAGUGUUUCCGGUAUCCUUGGCGACACAGUAGGGAUUUGGAGCGAGCGAGGGGGUUCGUGGGAGAGGGGUGCUGUAUAAUUUUUUUGGGGGUGAUGAAUAUUCCUCAGUAGGUUGUUGUUUCCUGUCUCUACUGAAGAGAGCCUUCUGAAGGAACUGACGAAUUGAAAGCAUUGGAGUGAGAGAGAGAGAUGUGGGAAUGGAGGGGGGUACAGGUCCCUAUAUGGAAGGGGAGGGAGAGGAGGGGUGGGCAGUAAUGCUAUUGAAAGAGGAGCAGGGAGAAAGGAAAACGAAUGGAAUGUGUCAACUGAAAAUGCCAUUGGUGGUCAGCGGCUUGAUGUGGAGAGACGUUUCUGUUGAAUGGCCGAGUGUUCUCUGCUCUCCGUCUCGCCCUCUGUCUCGCUCUCUCUGUCUCGCUCUCUCUGUCUCGCUCUCUCUGUCUCGCUCUCUCUCCCUCGCUCCGUCUCCCUCGCUCCGUCUCUCCCUCGCGCCGUCUCUCCCUCUCUCCGUCUCUCCCUCGCUCCGUCUCUCUCUCGCUCCGUCUCUCUCUCGCUCCGUCUCUCUCUCGCUCCGUCUCUCCCUCGCUCCGUCUCUCCCUCGCUCCGUCUCUCCCUCGCCCCGUCUCUCCCUCGCCCCGUCUCUCCCUCGCCCCGUCUCUCCCUCGCCCCGUCUCUCCCUCGCCCCGUCUCUCCCUCGCUCCGUCUCUCCCUCGCCCCGUCUCUCCCUCGCCCCGUCUCUCCCUCGCUCAGUCUCUCCCUCGCCCCGUCUCUCCCUCGCCCCGUCUCUCCCUCGCCCCGUCUCUCCCUCGCCCCGUCUCUCCCUCGCUCCGUCUCUCCCUCGCUCCGUCUCUCCCUCGCCCCGUCUCUCCCUCGCCCCGUCUCUCCCUCGCCCCGUCUCUCCCUCGCUCCGUCUCUCCCUCGCUCCGUCUCUCCCUCGCCUCGUCUCUCCCUCGCCCCGUCUCUCCCUCGCCCCGUCUCUCCCUCGCUCCGUCUCUCCCUCUCUCCGUCUCUCCUUCGCGCCGUCUCUCCUUCGCUCCGUCUCUCCCUCGCUCCGUCUCUCCCUCGCUCCGUCUCUCCCUCGCAUCGUCUCUCCCUCGCUCCGUCUCUCCCUCGCCUCGUCUCUCCCUCGCCCCGUCUCUCCCUCGCUCCGUCUCUCCCUCGCUCCGUCUCUCCCUCGCUCCGUCUCCCUCGCUCCGUCUCUCCCUCGCUCCGUCUCUCCCUCGCUCCGUCUCUCCCUCGCCCCGUCUCUCCCUCGCUCCGUCUCUCCUUCGCGCCGUCUCUCCCUCGCUCUGCAUCUCUCUCUCCCUCUGCCACUCUCUCUCUCCCUCUGCCACUCUCUUGCUCUGCCUCUCUCUGCCUCAAAGAAAAUCUAACUCCACCUCUCAUCCCCCCUCACUCUUUUACUCUUCUCACUCAAUUUCCAACCGUUUCUCUUCCCAUGCAGUUUUUUUUCCUGAGUGAUUUUAUGUACUACUGCUGGUUGUGUGUAGACCUACUAAAUCUGUCUCUCUGUCUAAUGACACGCCGCCAAAAACAUUGAGGACACUUUCAAUCUGGUUGUGGAAAUGUACACUACGAUGUUAGUGUCUCUGAGAAUCAGAUGAGAGGGAAACAUUGAAAGAACCUCUGGUUAACGUACAGUAUAUUCUUUAUUUUGAUUUAUAACAUUUUCAGUCUAAUAUUAUGCAGUGUACGGAACUGGGAUUGAUGUAUGCUUCACGUGCCUUCAGAAAGUAUUCAUACCCCUUGACUUACUCCACAUUUUGUUGUUACAGCUUGAAUUCAAAAUAGCUUAAAUUGAUUUUUCUCUCACCCAUCUACACACAAUACCCCAUAAUGACAGUGAAAACAUGUUUUUAGACAUUUUUGCACAUUUAUUGAAAAUGAAAUACAGAAAUAUUCAAUUUACAUAAGUACAUUUACAUUUUAGAAUCACCUUCGGCAGAAAUUACAGCUGUGAGUCAGUCGUCUUGGGUAUGUCUCUAUCAACUUUGCACAUCUGGAUUUGGGGAUUUCCUCCCAUUCUUCAUUGCAGAUUUUCUCAAGCUCUGUUAAGUUAGAUGGGGAGUGGUGGUGAACAGCAAUCUUCAAGUCUUUCCACAGAUUUUCAAUGGGAUUCAAGUGUGGGCUUUGGCUGGGCAACUCAAGGACUUUCACAUUCUUGUUCUGAAGCCAUUCCAGCGUUGCUUUGGCUGUAUGCUUGGGGUCAUUGUCCUGUUAGAACGUACAUUUUUGCCCCAGUCUCUCAGUCCCUGCUGUUGAAAAGCAUCCCCAUAGCAUGAUGCUACCACCACCAUACUUCAUGGUAGGGAUGGUGUUAGAUGGGAAAUGAGCUGUGCCUGGUUUUCUCCAGACAUAGCGCUUUGCAUUCAGGCCAAAGAGUUAAAUUAUUCGGAGUCUUUAAUGUGCCUUUUUUGCAUACUCCAGGUGUGCUGUCAUGUGGUUUCCGUCUGGCCACUCUCCCAUGAAGCCCUGAUUGGUGAAGUGCUGUGGAGACUGUUGUCCAGCUGGCAGCCAUUCUUCCAUCUCAGCCAAGGAACUCUGUAGUUCUGUCAUUGGGUUUUCGGUCACCUCCCUGACCCAGGUCCUUCUUGCCCGGUUGCUCAGUUUGGUCGGAUGGCCAGCUCUAGGCAGAGUCUGGGAAGUUCCAUAUUUUUUCAAUCUCCCAAUGAUGGAAACCACUGUGGUCUUGGAAAUGUUCAAGACUUUAGAAAUGGUUCUAUGCCCUUCCCCAGAUAUAUACUGCCUUCGGAAAAGAUUCAGACCCCUUGACUUUUUCCACAUUUUGUUAAGUUACAGGCUUAUUCUAAAAUGGAUUAAAUAAAAAAACGUCCUCAGCAAUAUACACACAAUACCCCAUAAUGACAAAGCAAAAACAGGUUUUUAGAAAUGUUUGCACAUGUAUUAAAAAUAGAAAACAGAUACCUUAUUUACAUAAAUAUUCAGUCACUUCGCUAUGAAACUCGAAAUUGAGCUCAGGUGCUUCCUGUUUCCAUUGAUCAUCCUUGAGAUGUUUCUACAACUUGAUUGGAGUCCACCUGUGGUAAAUUCAAUGGAUUGGACAUGAUUUGGAAAGGCACACACCUGUCUAUAUAAGGUCCCACAGUUGACAGUGCAUGUCAGAGCAAAAACCAAGCCAUGACGUCGAAGGCAUUGUCCGAAGAGCUCCGAGACAGGAUUGUGUUGAGGCACAGAUCUGGAGAAUGGUACCAAAAAAUGUCGGCAACAUUGAAGGUCCCCAAGAACACAGUGGCCUCCAUAAUUCUUAAAUGGAAGAAGUUUGGAACCACCAAGACUCUUCCUAGAGCUGGCCACCCGGCCAAACUGAGCAGUCGGGGGAGAAGGGCCUUGGUCAGGGAGGUGACCAAGAACCCGAUGGUCACUCUGACAGAGCUCUUGAGUUCCUCUGUGGAGAUGGGAGAACCUUCCAGAAGGACAACCAUCUCUGCAGCACUCCACCAAUCAGGCCUUUAUGGUAGAGUGGUCAGACGGCGGAAGCCAAUUCUCAGUAAAAGGCACAUGACAGCCCGCUUGGGAGUUUGCCAAAAGGCACCUAAAGACUCUCAGACCAUGAGAAACAAGAUUCUCUGGUCUGAUGAAACUUAGAUUGAAUGCUUUGGCCUGAAUGCCAAGCAUCACGUCUGGAGGAAACCUGGCACCACCAGCAUGGUGGUGGCAGCAUCAUGCUGUGUGGAUGUUUUUCAGCAGCAGGGACUGGGAGACUAGUCAGGAUCGAGGAAAAGAUGAAUGGACCAAAGUACAGGGAGAUCCUUGAUGAAAAACUGCUCCAGAGUGCUCUGGACCUCAGACUGGGCGAAGGUUCACCUUCCAAGCCAAGAUGACAACGCAGGAGUGGCUUCGGGACACGUUUCUGAAUGUCCUUGAGUGGCCCAGCCAGAGCCCGGACUUGAACCCCAUCGAACAUCUUUGGAGAGACCUGAAAGAAAGAUGUGCAGCGAUGCUCCCCAUCCAACCUGACAGAGCUUGAGAGGAUCUGCAAAGAAGAAUGGGAGAAACUCCCCAAAUAUAGGUGUCAAGCUUGUAGCGUCAUACCCAAGAAGACUCGAGGCUGUAGUCGCUGCCAAAUGUGCUUCAACAAAGUAUUGAGGAAAGGAUCUGAAUACUUAUUCAAAUGUCAUAUUUCCGUUUUUUAAUAAAUUAGCAAACAUUUCUAAACCAGUUUUCGCUUUGUCAUUAUGGGGUAUUGUGUGUUGAGGGUGUGCCGGUCUUGACACCUUAAUACUGCCAUAAAUUAGAGAUAGGAUAAUCUAUCUCUGGCCCUAUAGUAUGGUGAAAGGAAUGUCCUUUGUUUCAGAGACUUUUGCCGCCCAAAAACUUCAACGUCCAACAAUGAACAUUGGGACAAUAUAUUUCAACAUCCAAACGUUUGGAAUGAUGAGUAAUGGAAUAUGGAAAAUGAAUGUCGAUUUUGUGAUGUCAUAACAAAUUGUAUAAAGGCAUUAGAACGAAAACAGUGUGACUUGAAGAGCUUUAACACUGUGUAUAUCAAGUUUACAUCCUUUACAUUGUGUAGAAAAUAUCAAGGAGGAAGACAAUGUUUUUGUGAAAAUUGGAAUGUGAUUUUGGACGAAUUAAACUGGUGGAGCAAUGGACAUUAGACUAGUGGUAAUGUGUCCUUAGGUCUGGAGUCCAAAUUUGAGAUUUUUGGUUCCAACCGCCGUGUCUUUGUGAGACGCAGAGUAGGUGAACGGAUAAUCUCUGCAUGUGUGGCUCCCACCGUGAAGCAUGGAGGAGGAGGUGUGAUGGUGUGGGGGUGCUUUGCUGGUGACACUGUCUGUGAUUUAUUUAGAAUUCAAGGGACACUUAAACAGCAUGGCUACCACAGCAUUCUGCAGCGAUACGCCAUCCCUUCUGUUUUGCGCUUAGUGUGACUAUCAUUUGUUUUUCAACAGGACAAUGACACAACACACCUCCCAGGCUGUGUAAGGGCUAUUUGACCAAGAAGGAGAGUGAUGGAGUACUGCAUCAGAUGACCUGGCCUCCACAAUCCCCCUACCUCAACCAAAUUGAGAUGGUUUUGGAUGAGUUGGACCGCAGAGUGAAGGAAAAGCAGCCAACAAGUGCUAAGCAUAUGUGGGAACUCCUUCAAGACUGUUGGAAAAUCAUUCCAAGUGAAGCUGGUUGAGAGAAUGCCAAGAGUGUGGAAAGCUGUCGUCAAUGCAAAGGGUGGCUACUUUGAAGAAUCUAAAAUAUAAACUAUAUUUUGAUUUGUUUAACUUUUUUGGUUACUACAUGGUUCCAUAUAUGUUAUGUCAUAGUUCUGAUGUCUUUACUAUUAUUCUACAAUGUAGAAAAUACUAAAAAUAAAGAAAAACCAUGGAAUGAGUAGGUGUGUCCAAACCUUUGACUGGUACUGAAUGUAAAUUUAAUAUUUCUGUAUUUCAUUUGAUACAUUUGCUAAAAUAUCUAUUAACAUGUGUUCACUUCAUCAUUAUGGGGUAUUGUGUGCACAUGGGUGAGAUUUUGCAUUUAAUUAAUCCAUUUUGAAUUCAGGCUGUAAUACAACUAAAUGUGGAAUAUGUCAAGGGGUAUGAAUACUUUCUGAAGGCACUGAAUGUAUGUUUUUUUUUUAAGACUAACAGAUCUUAUUAGAAUACGUACAUAGUUUGAUCCUCUUUGGCCCAGACAGAAUAAAUAUGGUAUUGACAUAAGCGUAUAUAAAAUCUGCCCCCCGUCCACAUGUUUUGGAAGCACUCCAUUAUGCCGCAAAUACAAUUACAUGAAUAACAAGUCACUUUAAUAAUAAUAACCUCUCUAUAUUAAUAUUCUAUUAGAUCACAAAUAUAGCUGUUAUGUUGAGUUUCUGGUAUCGAGAAGUUCAGGAUGAAAGAAUAUACAUGAACAAUUAUAUGGAGAGUUGAUACAAAGUAUUUAAUAGACACGGUACCAGGUUCGUUUAACAAAUGGCACCUGAUGUUCUAGCAGUGUCUGAAUCCUGGCUUAGGAAGGCCACCAAAAAUUCAGAAAUGUCCAUCCCCAACUACAACAUUUUCUGUCUAGAUAGAACUGCCAAAGGGGGUGGAGUUGCAAUCUACUGUAGAGAUAGCCUGCAGGCUAUCAUACUAUCCAGGUCUGUGCCCAAACAGUUUGAGCUUCUACUUCUAAAAAUCCACCUUUACAGAAAUAAGUCUCUCACUGUUGCCGCUUGCUACAGACCCCCCUCAGCCCCCAGCUGUGCCCUGGACAGCAUAUGUGAAUUGAUUGCCCCCCAUUUAUCCUCAGAGUUCGUACUGCUUGGUGACCUAAAUUGGGAUAGGCUUAACACCCCAGCCAUCCUACAAUCCAAACUAGAUGCCCUCAAUCUCACACAAAUUAUCAACGAACCUACCAGGUACAACCCUAAAUCCGUAAACAUGGGUACCCUCAUGGAUAUCAUCCUGACUAACUUACCCUCUAAAUACACCUCCGCUGUCUUCAACCAGGAUCUCAGCGAUCACUGCCUUAUUGCCUGCGUCCGUAACGGGUCCGCGAUCAAACGACCACCCCUCAUCACUGUCAAACGCUCCCUAAAACACUUUAGCGAGCAGGCCUUCCUAAUUGACCUGGCCCAGGUAUCCUGGAUGGAUAUAGAUCUAAUUCCGUCAGUAGAUGAUGCCUGGUUGUUCUUUAAAAGUAAUUUCCUCUCAAUCUUAAAUAAACAUUACCCAUUCAAAAAAUACAGAACUAAGAACAGAUAUAGCCCCUGGUUCUCCUCAGACUUGACUGCCCUUGACCAGCACAAAAACAUCCUGUGGCGUACUGCAUUAGCAUCAAAUAGCCCCUGCGAUAUGCAACUUUUCAGGGAAGUUAGGAACCAAUAUACACAAGCAGUUAGGAAAGCAAAAGCUAACUUUUUCAAACAGAAAUUUGCACCCUGUAGCACUAACUCCAAAAAGUUUUGGGACACUGUAAAGUCCAUGGAGAAUAAGAGCACUUUCUCCCAGCUGCCCACUGCACUGAGGCUAGGAAACACUAUCACCACCGAUAAAUCUACAAUAAUCAAGAACUCAACAAGCAUUUUGCUACGGCUGGCCAUGCUUUCCACCUGGCUACCACUACCCCGGCCACCAGCUCUGCACCCUCCGCUGCAACUUGCCCAUACCCCCCCCCCCCGCUUCUCCUUCACACAAAUUCAGACAGCUGAUGUUCUGAAAGAGCUGCAAAAUCUGGACCCCACAGAUAAUCUAGCAUCUGGGCUAGACAAUCUGGACCCUUUCUUUCUAAAACUAGCCGCCGAAAUUGUCGCAACCCCUAUUACUAGCCUGUUCAACCUCUCUUUCAUAACGUCUGAGAUCCCCAGAGAUUGGAAAGCUGCCGCGGUCAUCCCCCUCUUCAAAUGGGGUGACACUCUAGAUCCAAACUGUUACAUACCUAUAUCCAUCCUGCCCUGCCUUUCGAAAGUUUUUGAAAGCCAAGUUAACAAACAGAUCACCGACCAUUUCGAAUCCCGGUUUCCGAGCUGGUCAUGGGUGCACCUCAGCCACGCUCAAGGUCCUAAACGAUAUUAUAACCGCAAUCGAUAAUAGACAGUACUGUGCAGCCGUCUUCAUCGACCUGGCCAAGGCUUUUGACUCUGUCAACCACCGCAUUCUUAUUGGCAGACUAAAUAGCCUUGGUUUCUCAAAUGACUGCCUCGCCUGGUUCACCAACUACUUCUCAGAUAGAGUCAAUGUGUCAAAUCGGAGGGCCUGUUGUCUGGACCUAUGGCAGUCUCUAUGGGCGUGCCACAGGGUUCAAAUCUUGGGCCGACUCUUUUCUCCGUGUAUAUCAAUGAUGUCGCUCUUGCUGCUGGUGACUCUCAGAUCCACCUCUACGCAGACGACACCAUUUUGUAUACAUCUGGCCCUUCAUUGGACAAUGUGUUAACAAACCUCCAAACGAGCUUCAAUGCCAUACAACACUCCUUCAGCUCUUAAACACUAGUAAAACUAAAUGCAUGCUCUUCAAUCGAACGCUGCUGGCACCCGCCCACCCGACUAGAAUCACUACUCUCGACGGGUUUGACCUAGAGUAUGUGGACAAUUACAAAUACCUAGGUGUCUGGUUAGACUGUAAACUCUCCUUCCAGACUCACAUUAAGCAUCUCCAAUCCAAAGUUAAAUCUAGAAUCGGCUUCCUAUUUCCCAACAAAGCCUCCUUCGCUCAUGCUGCCAAACAUGCCCUCGUAAAACUGACUAUCCUACUGAUCCUUGACUUCGGCGAUGUCAUUUACAAAAUAGCCUCCAACACUCUACUCAGCAAAUUGGAUGUAGUCUAUCACAGUGCCAUCUGUUUUGUCACCAAAGCCCCAUAUACUACCCACCACUGUGACCUGUACGCUCUUGUUGGCUGGUCCUCACUACAUAUUUGUCGCCAAACCCACUGGCUCCAGGCCAUCUAUAAAUCACUGCUAGGCAAAUUCCCGCCUUAUCUUAGCUCAUUGGUCACCAUAGCAACACCCACCCGUAGUAUGUGCUCCAGCAGGUAUCUCACUGGUCAUCCCCAAAGCCAACACCUCCUUUGGCCGCCAUUGCUGCCAAUGACUGGAACGAAUUGCAAAAAUCUCUGAAGCUGGAGACUCUUAUCUCCCUCACUAACUUUAAGCAUCAGUUGUCAGAGCACCUUACCGAUCACUGCACCUGUACACAGCCCAUCUGAAAUUAGCCCACCCAACUACCUCAUCCCCAUAUUGUUAUUUAUUUUGCUCAUUUGCACCCCAGUAUCUCUAUUUGCACAUCAUCUCUUGCACAUCUAUCAUUCAAGUGUUAAUACUAAUUGUAAUUAUUUUGCACUAUAGCCUAUUUAUUGCCUUACCUCCAUAACUUGCUACAUUUGCACACACUGUAUAUAUAUUUUCUGUUGUAUUUUUGACUUUAUGUUUUGUUUUACCCCAUAUGUAACUCGCACUGCUUUGCUUUAUCUUGGCCAGGUCGCAGUUGUAAAUGAGAACUUGUUCUCAACUGGCUUACCUGGUUAAAUAAAGGUGAAAUAAAAAAAUUUAAAAAUAAAAAUGCAUUAUUUCCAAAUAUACCCAUCCUCUUAGACAUGUUACCAAGAAAAACAUACAUAGAAAUACAUUCUUAACAUCAUGACAUCCUCCACACGAAUACAAUGAUACAUGACACUUUCUAAGUUACAUGGAGAUUAUAAUAUCUUCAGAAGAAUAUAUCUCAAUAAAAAUAUCAUCAGUCUUCUUCAUCCAUGUUCAUUCAGAGGAACCCCAAGCGUUUCUCUGGUUAUUUGGGGCGCUAUCUGAUCGAAGAGGUAGUCUUGUUUCCACAUUUCCACUCCUGUCUUUCUCUAAUAUAUAUUGAUGGCAAGUAUGUACAACAUGCAUCUCCCCUAUAAUCGCAUACAUCCCCCUUUAUCUACUGUCAUAGCAUCCAAUGCUAUGCGAUUAUCACUUGUGUAUUGUUCAAUGAGUGACCUCUCAGACCCAAUUGCUUGAAAAUCCAAUACUUUUAAUAGGUAUAAUAUUCAACUCUUUUCAACCAUGACUCUGUUCUGAUAAUAUGCCUGAGGAGAGAUGCACAGGAUAACACUCUGGUUUCAGUCCCUAUUAAAUCAGUACAGCCUUGGACUAUUUAGGAUUGAGGAAUUCAACCAAAAGUCAGAUCAGAUGAAAAUAGCAUAAACAUUCAUAUGUCUCAAAUACCAAAACCCCAUGAUAGGAACCAAUUAAGUUAUUGCCUAGCAACAGAGAUAUGUACCACUCUAAACAACCAGAUCAAUACCACCCAAUACUUUAAAUGUAUAUAGUGACUAAUAUGUGAAUACGGUAACUUAAUAACCAACAUGUUCAUGAUCAGUCACAAUCCUCACAUUAACUUACAUGUUUCAAACAUUAAGAUUCAAAAUGUCUACUCGAAAUACAUCAUAUAUGUGUAUCCUAAGACAUUACCAUAAUGUAUCGCUGUUUUAACCAUAAUAUCUAAAUAAGACAGUUAUCUCAAUUGUACAAGCAAUACCCUUCAUGCUAAAAAUAGUUAUACUAAUGAUUUACUUAAAUCACUCAGUCAUCUUAUGAAUUAUAACCAAAACCGAAUUACUUAUCUCAACCAAAUUUAGAAUGACAAUUCUUAGUGAUUACAUUGGUCCUAUCAUUCAAAAUUAAAACCCUCAACUUUAGCACCCAUUACAACUGUCAGAAUGUGCACUUAUAUUAACAUACAGUAUAAAUAUCCAUAAUUCUAUUAUGACCUUCCACAUUCUGAGAAUAAAUACAGAUCAUCCUCUCAAUUCAUUCCUAGUACUAUUAAUUUAGCGGUGUGUGUAUAUACCUCCUACCCAAAUUAGCAAAUUUAGAUACAUCCCCCAAAAAAUUAUUACCACAGCUAACCAACCUCUUCCUUCCCCGGCACUUAAAUCUUCUGGUGUCUCUUCAUUAUGUUCUUCAGACAGCUUCAUAGUUCAAAAUGACUUGCUCAUGACAAUGUCCCAACUGAAAUGUCUCAUCGAGUCACCACCAUCUCUACAACCUCAUUGUGUCUUGUCCAUUUGCCAAUCAAUAUACAGUGGGGGGAAAAAGUAUUUAGUCAGCCACCAAUUGUGCAAGUUCUCCCACUUAAAAAGAUGAGAGAGGCCUGUAAUUUUCAUCAUAGGUACACGUCAACUAUGACAGACAAAAUGAGAUUUUUUUUCUCCAGAAAAUCAUAUUGUAGGAUUUUUUAUGAAUGUAUUUGCAAAUUAUGGUAGAAAAUAAGUAUUUGGUCAAUAACAAAAGUUUCUCAAUACUUUGUUAUAUACCCUUUGUUGGCAAUGACACAGGUCAAACGUUUUCUGUAAGUCUUCACAAGGUUUUCACACACUUGCUGGUAUUUUGGCCCAUUCCUCCAUGCAGAUCUCUAGAGCAGUGAUGUUUUGGGGCUGUCGCUGGGCAACACAGACUUUCAACUCCCUCCAAAGAUUUUCUAUGGGGUUGAGAUCUGGAGACUGGCUAGGCCACUCCAGGACCUUGAAAUGCUUCUUACGAAGCCACUCCUUCGUUGCCCGGGCGGUGUGUUUGGGAUCAUUGUCAUGCUGAAAGACCCAGCCACGUUUCAUCUUCAAUGCCCUUGCUGAUGGAAGGAGGUUUUCACUCAAAAUCUCACAAUACAUGGCCCCAUUCAUUCUUUCCUUUACACGGAUCAGUCGUCCUGGUCCCUUUGCAGAAAAACAGCCCCAAAGCAUGAUGUUUCCACCCCCAUGCUUCACAGUAGGUAUGGUGUUCUUUGGAUGCAACUCAGCAUUCUUUGUCCUCCAAACACGACGAGUUGAGUUUUUACCAAAAAGUUAUAUUUUGGUUUCAUCUGACCAUAUGACAUUCUCCCAAUCCUCUUCUGGAUCAUCCAAAUGCACUCUAGCAAACUUCAGACGGGCCUGGACAUGUACUGGCUUAAGCAGGGGGACACGUCUGGCACUGCAUGAUUUGAGUCCCUGGCGGCGUAGUGUGUUACUGAUGGUAGGCUUUGUUACUUUGGUCCCAGCUCUCUGCAGGUCAUUCACUAGGUCCCCCCGUGUGGUUCUGGGAUUUUUGCUCACCGUUCUUGUGAUCAUUUUGACCCCACGGGGUGAGAUCUUGAGUGGAGCCCCAGAUCGAGGGAGAUUAUCAGUGGUCUUGUAUGUCUUCCAUUUCCUAAUAAUUGCUCCCACAGUUGAUUUCUUCAAACCAAGCUGCUUACCUAUUGCAGAUUCAGUCUUCCCAGCCUGUUGCAGGUCUACAAUUUUGUUUCUGGUGUCCUUUGACAGCUCUUUGGUCUUGGCCAUAGUGGAGUUUGGAGUGUGACUGUUUGAGGUUGUGGACAGGUGUCUUUUAUACUGAUAACAAGUUCAAACAGGUGCCAUUAAUACAGGUAACGAGUGGAGGACAGAGGAGCCUCUUAAAGAAGAAGUUACAGGUCUGUGAGAGCCAGAAAUCUUGCUUGUUUGUAGGUGACCAAAUACUUAUUUUCCACCAUAAUUAGCAAAUAAAUUCAUUAAAAAUCCUACAAUGUGAUUUUUUUUUUAAAUCACGUGUUUACCCAAAACUCACUCAGAGAACAAAAACAUCCGAAAAUUCUGUGUGUGCCCUUUAAGACUUAACAUAUUUGACCCGUUAAAACCCCCUAAAAUGAAAAUAACACUCUAUAUAACAAUUAUUUUAUGUGGGUUGUGUGUGGUUAUUUGAGAAACCCUAUUGGAAUACAACAAACAAAAAUGGCCAGACCUUAUUUAAUUCGGUAGCUCCCUCUUAAGACCUAAUUAUAAGAAUGCCAGAUUUUACUCACUGCUCCACCUAGCCCACAGACUUUUGAAACAUCCCAAUGAGAGAUAAGGAAAUCCCCAUUUUCCUCGAAGAGAAAGUAUACAUUUCAUUAACAUUCAAUUAUAAUCAGCAAUCCAAAAAUAUUAAUUUCACACAAAACAUGAUGCAGAUAUACCCUGUCCUACCUCACAUCAAUAAUUUCAUCAAUCUAAUCUCUCAUAACUACUCCAGAAGAAGAUUACAUACAAUCUCUCAAAAUAUGAAAAGCACUCGAGGUUCUUUGAGUUUACAAGAAGUAUUUUUUAAAUGAUUACUCUUUAUACCUCAUUCUUUUUAAGUCUCACAAUGAUUAUCACCUCCAAAAUCAGCUUAAUUUUAUCCCAUAUCAAAUCAUCAUGGUAUCGUUGCUGGAUGACUUACCCCUUAGAUUGUUCCUGUCACCCCUCUAAACGUACUAUUUGAGACAUUCACAAAUAUAAUCACUUACUACGCGUAAAGAAUCAAUGAUAUUCCAAGUGUCUAUUAAAAAGUUGUUUGAGACCAUCUCCUACGCCUUCCUUAACAUACCACGUUUCAUUGAGUUGACUACACCUUCUCUCUAAACCUAUAAACCCUUUUUGGUAAUGUAAUCAUCUCCACUUGUUGCAUUGAUGUUUUAAAAUAACAACCUAUUGUUUAAAAACUUCAGAACUUACAAAAAUGUUUACUACUUCAUCAGCCUAAUAGUAAAAACGACCUCCCAUUGUUCAACGUACCAGAAACAGAUUAUCGUUUUAAGAAUUAAACUUUCUGCGAAACUCACUGGUGUUUAAACAAACUAUAAAAUGUAAUAAUAAUAAUUAGAAAUUGUCAAAGAACAUUCUAUAUUCAACUAUCUAGAUAUGUGCUUCACAUUACCCUCUGCGUCCUUUACAUCCCGAUAUAGCACAACUAGCACGACUCUCUUUCACCCGUUUAUUAAAUCAUGGCAUUAGUAAAGUAUAUCCACAAACCACUACUACCUAAUAACAUAUUUUCAUUGACCUUACUAUAAAUAAUUAUUUUAAUACCAGUCUACUCAAACAAUCCAAUGCAACAUGUCUCAUCUCCCAAUUAACCUACUUUCCUUUUAACUCAGAAAACCCUCUACAAUCUCUAUUAUCCUCUACCUCUCUUUCCAUCUAAUGGUACUUUAGCAUGUUACAAAUUAUUUUUAAGUUAUAGUCAAAACAAACUAAAACCUCUAUUCACAGGGAUGCAACUUUAAUUACUAUGUUAUCCUAUCCGCCAUGGUUUGGUAAAACAAUCUCUUUCGUAUAAUCUUAUCAAUUGAACCAGUGAUUCAGGUCAACAGCAUCAAUGUAACAGUUUUGCUUCCUUCUCUACAUGGGCUUGAACCAGGGACCCUCUGCACACAUCGACAACAGUCACCCUCGAAGCACCGUUACCCAUCGCUCCACAAAAGCCGCGGAACUACUUCAAGGUCGCAGAGCAAGUUACGUCACCAAUCUAAACGCUACUAGUUAACACCACUAACUAGCUAGCUAUAUCCCACUGGUAACACUCACCCCCCUUUGACCUCCUCCUUUUCUGCAGCAACCAUUGAUCCCAAUACACCAAACUUAACCCAUAUGUGCCUUACAGCCCACUCGAGUUCAGCGAGCCCCAGUCGCUAACACCGCAGACAAAAACAUGGAAACUCUUCUAUUCUUACUAGUAGACAAAAUUAAAACCCAUUCUCAAACAGCGUUCUGCGUUUACCUCUAUCAUUGGUUUAAAACUAACUUGACAACUUUAACAAUCGAUUGCUGCAGUAGCUUCAUGUUUGGUUCAAUUAAUCUGUUACAAUAUUGUGUCAGUAAUAUUUCUGUAGUGACCUCAGCUACAAGUUCCUAUAUUCCUCAUAAUGUUAUCUUUUAUACUCUUCUCCCUUCCAACACUGCUUCAUAAUCCCUGGUGUUUUGUUAAUACUCUUUUUAUUCUCUUUGUCCCCUUGCUUCACUUCCCAUGAAGAUAAGACAUUCACUUCUCUGUGCAUCGUCCCUAUACUAUUAUUAUUCCCUUUAUCAACGAAGAUAAUACCAAUCCGCCAUUACUAGAAGUCAGCAGAUCUGGGUAACUGUCCUUCCCAAGUAGGCAACAAAUAACAAACUGAACACUUGCUGUAGUUGACAAGCAUAUAUUGAAUUGAUAUCCAUAUUAUCAAUAUCCAAUUUAUUGAUAGACAUUACGCCACCAUUCUCAAUCGUUUAAUCUAGCACACCAUUAUGCAACCCCCCAAAAAAUGACUACCUCGAAAUCGUCUCAUAUUCCUAUUAAAUUAUGGUCAUUCAAUUUGAACCAAGCACGCUGAUCAAUCUUUCAUUCUACAUCACCAAACCAAAUACUUUGUAGUAUCUGUCUAAGCAACACAUACCAACAGUAGAAUUACACUCAGAAACCCAGAUUUGUUUACUCUAUGCCAUUGCCCCAAUGCUAUUGAAAUGAUGCAGAAAACCCUAAAUUGGCUUUGUACUAGGUUAUAAAUUACGUCUAUAAAUUCCAGUCCUUAUGGGCAGUUUAUUCCUUAAACCUUAUCUCUAUCACAUGAUCCAUAAACGGCACCAACUCCGAAAACUUGUAUUUAUCGUUUCCCACCCCUGACGUACGUCUACGUUUUGGGGUUAACAUAUUGUAUACUAAUAAUCUUCCAAUUAUUACUUUAUCAAAUAUCGAGUAAUCGCUUAAACACAUCAUUAUAUUUUCAUAUAUUCACAUAAUCCACCUAGAACGUUAGAACUCCUAGGUACUCACAACAAACAAUCCCUUCGUGUUUUUAACGAUUCUCAAUCGACACUAAUCAACUUCUACAAACAUACUCCCAGCGGAACCAAAAAACAGACUGUAGUUUCCAGGACACUGCCCUGCCUGUCAUGGGAUCCUCCCAGAAAAUACAGACUUUUCCGCUACUCUCUAAAACAGCAUCACAAUCUCCAUACCACUCAUUAAUAUUCUAUGACCUAAUUCUGUUAUAUAUCGAAACUUCUUAUCCAAACUUAUAUCAAAUUAUCAUAUCCAUUUCUAUAACUUAUUAUGCAUCCUUCAGAUUCUAAUUACUUUCUGCUCUUUGUUCAUAAGAUAGCCCAUGUUGUUCCAUUCAAUUACUUAACUUCGUUAGCUGACUUUUUCUCCUUAUUAAUUAUAUUUCCUUGUCAUCGUGCACUCAUUAAAUCGCAUGCUUUAUAUGCCUCUUUCAUGUAAUCUAAAUCCCAUUUUGUGUUGCUUACGACGAUAUUGUCAGUGAUAUAUUUUCGCACUAUCUGUAACUUAUCCCUUUUAAAAAACACCUUCUUGAGGAUACUCAUCAUCUGUCCAUGCUGAUACAUCACUGAGAAAUUGUUCCCCAUAGAAAAAUCCUAAUUUACUUAACAUUCAUUCGCGCAUUGUCUGAUUUUCAAUACUUUUAAAAGAGACUUGAUUUGUCUGUAAUAAUUUCGUCAUUUCCUUUCUCUCUCCGAGGUAAAUGAAGCUCUGAUUUACUCUUAAUGGUGACUGUUUUUCCAGAUACCGGUCUGCUAAGCUGGCCAUCCAUUACUUCAAUUAGUUCAUGCAAUGUUAGUAAGCACAUACUUGAAUCAAAUCCCCAACUUGAUCUUUAUUAAAAUUUUGUUUGCCUAUUUUGUCAUUGGUGCCAUGAUUCAACACGCUCAAUUGUAUCUGCUCUCAUUCUUUACGCAGUAUGAGUUAUUGUUCUCUCCCUCUUUCCUGACCGUUUUGAGUAACUUCACAAAGGAUUAAUUUUCUCAGAGGGCUUUUAAAACACGGUUGAGGCCUUGAACCUCUUCACAUCUGUCUCUUUAUUCUGUUUCCUUGAGGACUUGAACCGAUGAACAAUGUUUAUUAUUUCGUCACAGGACUUGAACCUAUGAACAAUGUUUAUUCUUUCAUCACAGGACUUGAACCUAUGCCCAAUCUUGUUCAACCCAUUCUCCUUCUCCUCUGUUGUUUUUAGUCAUUACUCUGAACAAACCCUUCUUAGAAUCAAAGCACCAUGUUAUUGUCUAAUUUGAUCAUUCUCCUUACAUCCCUUCUACACAACUCAACACCACUCAUCGUCCCCCUUUAAAAAUAUUGAAUUUUAAACAUUCGUUACAGCUCAGCUUUACCACAGAUAAGCAGAAUUUGACAAUAAAAAAAUAAAUAAAGUCUGCUUACCUGUUAGUUCGGCUGUAAACUGCAUCCUGUUCGUUCAGGCGCCAAUCUGUUAUGAUGGGUUUCUGGUAUCGAGAAGUUCAGGAUGAAAGAAUAUACUUAAACAAUUAUAUGGAGAGUUGAUACAAAGUAUUUAAUAGACACGGUACCAGGUUUGUUUAACAAACGGCACAUGCUUUGCCUCUUGUCAUCCGAACUCUGGACAAAGGAAAUCUCUGUUUAUAUACUUCAUGUUACACGUUUCUUCAACAACAUCAGGUAACCAUCAGUGGGCACUCCCCACUCUGAUGAUACCAGCUUGUACCCAAGUCAGUAUAUUCUAUCUAUCAAUCAUUCUAAGAUAAACCCCAGUAAGCUCCCUCGACAUACUGGAAUCCCUGGCAUUCAGACUCUGUGGCACCAAGAGUCACCUAUCUAAUAGAUUUAAGCUUGUUCCCACAACACUAUGAAAAGACAACAAUAGGCUACCAUUACAAAACUCUGAUGUUGAUAUUAAAAGUUUUAGCUAUGCGCUAUCAUCGUACUUACACUUUCUCUUCUCUUUCCCGUCUGCAGAGUUUUUCCGUGAGUUGCUGGACAACGCGGAACACUCGCUCAACGACAUGUUCGUGCGCACGUACGGCCUGAUGUACGUGCAUAAUGCCGAGCUAUUCAAGCACUUCUUCCAGGAGCUGAAGCGCUACUACAUGUCGGGCAGCGGGGCGGUCAACCUGGACUCCAUGCUGUCUGAUUUCUGGGAAGACCUCCUGGAGAGGAUGUUCCAAUUGGUCAACGUCCAGUACGAGUUCAGUGACGCCUACAUGGAGUGCGUCAGCCGCCACACCGAGCAACUGAAACCGUUUGGUGACGUGCCGCGCAAGCUCCGCCUCCAGCUGACACGGGCCUUUGUUGCGGCACGCACCUUCACCCGCGGACUGGCUCUCAUGCCCGAGGUGGUCAACAAAGUCUCCACGGUAAGUGGAAGAGUAGGGUUGCAAAACUACUGGUAAUUUACCAAAGAUAGAAAUGUUUCGUAAUUUUGGUAAUUAACCGGUAAUCUAUGGCAAUCUAUGUAACUCUGGGAAUGUAUACUUGAAUUUUUUUUUUUUUUAAGUAUUCAUAUAUAGUAUUACUUUUUUAUUAAUCCACAAGUUUAUUGUGGAUAGAGCAUAUGGUUCAAGAAAAAGCCUAAUUAAAGAAAAAAGCAUCUAAUCAACAAUGCCAUUAUUUUCAAUUAAUCCUGCAACUCUUCCAAUGAUUGACUUUUUUCACAACUUCCACCGGUUUGGCAACAAAACAUUGACAACAAAAUAUUGACAUGGUAAUUAAAAAAAAAAUAUAUAUAUAUAUAUAUAUAAAUUAUAUUUAAUGCUGAAACCCUCAUAUCAUUAAUAUGAUAUUCACUAAGUUGACGGGUUAUAUUUAGGAUAAUGUUCUACAGUUUUGUCAUUCUAUUUUGUAUUUUAAAACCAUCUUUUAAAAUAUAUUUUCCAUGUGAUAAGGCCACACGGAGGGCGAGAGAUAAUUAGACUCCUGUGGUAAUCUGAAGUACCCAUACGGUCACUAGAUGUCAUGUGAUACAAUUCCAUAACAUUCUUGAAAGUUACCAAAAUUCUGGUAGUUUACUGGUAAACUUUGAAAGUUACCAGUAAUUUACCCUUCCUUUGCAACCCUAAGAAAGAGAGAGAUGUUGAUGCAUAGAAUUACAUAUAGAACAUUAUAUUAGUUGAAUUAUAGAUUUGGUGGCCAAUUAACCAUUUCUUUGUGGAUUUUGAUAUGUGCUUGGGGUUAUUGUCUUGCUGGAAGAUCCACUUGCGGCCAAGUUUCAGCCUCCUAGCAGAGGCAACCAAGUUGACCUGAACAAGGGCCCCAGGACCAGUGGAAGCAAAAUAGCCCCAUAACAUCAAAGAUCCACCACCAUAUUUUACAGUAGGUAGGGGGUUCUUUUUUGCUCAUGCUUUCUCAUUUAGACGCAAAGCCCACCACUGGUGUGCAUGGUCAAAUAACUAUAUUUUAAUGUGAUCCAACCAAUGUAAAUGCCUGGAGUUUGCUAAAUGACAUUGGCACUUGGAUUUGAACUAUUGCUUUGGUCAGAUGACAUGAAAAUAGAUCAAAAUAGCCCCAUAACAUCAAAGAUGGAUUCUUUUCUGCUCAUGCAUUCUCAUUUAGACGCAAAACCCACCACUGGUGUGCGUGGUCAAAUAACUCUAUUUUCAUGUGAUCCACCUGGAGUUUGCUAAACGGCAUUGGCACUUACAUUUUAGUCAUUUAGCAGACGCUCUUAUCCAGAGCGACUUACAGUUAGUGAAUACAUAUAUAUAUAUAUAUAUCUUUUUUUUUUACUGGCCCCCCGUGGGAAACGAACCCACAACCCUGGCGUUGCAAACGCCAUGCUCUAUCAACUGAGCUACAUCCCUGCCGGCCAUUACCUCCCCUACCCUGGACGACGCUGGGCCAAUUGUGCGCCGCCCAUGAGUCUCCCGGUCGCGGCCGGCUGCGACAGAGCCUGGAUUCGAACCAGGAUCUCUAGUGGCACAGUUAGCACUGCGAUGCAGUGCCUUAGACCACUGCGCCACUCAGGAGUACGGAGCACUUGGAUUUGAACCGUUGCUUUGGUCAGAUGACAUGAAAAUAGAGCUCUUUGGCCAUGGACACAAGUGGUGGGUUUGGCGUUGAAAUGAGAAUACAUAAGCAGAACUGCAUACCUACUGUAAAAUAUGGUUGGUGAUCUUUGAUGUUAUGGGACUAUUUUGCUUCCACUGGUCCUGGGGCCCUUGUUAAGGUCAACGUCAUCAUUAACUUUACCCAGUACCAGGAAAUGUUUGCCAAAAAUCUGGUUGCCUCUGCCAGGAAACUGAAACUUGUCCGCAAAUAGAUCUUCCAGCAAGACAAUAACCCUAAGCAUACAUCAAAAUCCACAAAGAAAUGAUUAAUUGACCACAAAAUCAACAUUUUGCAAUGGCCAUCUCAGUCUCUGGACUUAAAACCCAUUGAAAACCUGUGGUUUGAAUUGAAGAGGACAGUCCAUAAGAGCAGACAAAGGAUAUCAAGGAUCUGGAAAGAUUCUGUAUGGAGGAAUGGUCUAAGAUCCCUCCCAAUGUGUUCUCCAACUCAUAAAACGUUUUAGAAAAAGGCUCAGUGCCGUUAUCCUCGCAAGGUGAGGUAUUGUAAACAGGGGUGUCAAUCAUUUUGACCCCUACCCUUUUGAGAUUUUUGUUUAUUACUUGUUAAACCAAAUCUCUUUCUAUGAGCAAUUGUAUUAGUAUAAAAUAAUAUAAUAUAAUUCCCCCCAAAAUUUGAGCAUAGUAUUGACAUUUAUUUUAUACAGUCAUUUUUGGUUAUAUUUAUCAAAGGUGUCAAUCAUUUCGGACCGCACUGUAUAUAGUCUAAGUGUCUGUCUGAAAUGCAUUUGUAUUUGUAUUUACUAUGGAUCCCCAUUAGCUACUCUUCCUGGCAGUUAUACAUUUUAAGGCAGUUAUACAUUUUAAAAACAUUACAAUACAUUCAUAACAGAUUUCACAACAUUAAGUGUGUGCCCUCAGGCCUCUACUCUACUACCACAUAUCUAUAACACAAAAUCCAUGUGUACAUGUGUAUAGUGCGUAUGUUAUUGUGUGUUUGUAUGCAUGUGUCUAUGUUUGUGUUGCUUCACAGUCCCCGCUGUUCCAUAAGGUGUAUUUUUAUUUGUUUUUUAAAUAUAAUUUUACUGCUGGCGUGAGUUACUUGAUGUGGAAUAGAGUUCCAUGUAGUCAUGGCUCUAUGUAGUACUAUGCGCCUCCCAUAGUCUGUUCUGGACUUGGACUGUUAUGAGACCUCUGGUGGCAUGGCUUGUGGGGUAUGCAUGGGUGUCCGAGCUGUGCGCCAGUAGUUCAAACAGACAGCUCGGUGCAUUCAGCAUGUCAAUACCUCUCAUAAAUACAAGUAGUGAUGAAGUCAAUCUCUCCUCCACUUUGAGCCAGGAGAGAUUUACAUGCAUAUCAUUAAUGUUAGCUCUCUGUGUACAUCCAUGGGCCAGCCAUGUUGCCCUGUUCUGAGCCAAUUGCAAUUUUCCUAAGUCCCUCUUUGUGGCACCUGACCACAUGACUGAACAGUAGUCCAGGUGCGACAAAACUAGGGUAUGUAGGACCUGCCUUGUUGAUAGUGGUGUUAAGAAGGCAGAGCAGCGCUUUAUUAUAGACAGUCUUCUCCCCAUCCUAGCUACUGUUGUAUCAAUAUGUUUUGAACAUGACAGUUUACAAUCCAGGGUUACUCCAAGCAGUUUAUUCUCCUCAACUUGCUCAAUUUCCGCAUGAUUCAUGACAAGAUUUAGUUGAGGUUUAGGGUUUAGUGAAUGAUUUGUCCCAAAUACAAUGCUUUAAUAAUAAUAUGCCAUUUAGCAGACGCUUUUAUUCAAAGCGACUUACAGUCACGCGUGCAUACAUUUUUGUGUAUGGGUGGUCCCGGGGAUCGAACACACUACCUUGGCGUUACAAGCGCCGUGCUCUACCAGCUGAGCUACAGAGGACCACUUUAAGUUUUUUAAAUAUUUAGGACUAACUUAUUCCUUGCCACCCCAUUCUGAAACUAACUGCAGCUCUUUGUUUAGUGUUGCUGUCAUUUCAGUCGCUGUAGUAGCUGACGUGUAUAGUGUUGAGUCAUCCGCAUACAUGAACACAUUGGCUUUACUCAAGCCAGUGGCGUGCCGUUAGUAAAGAUUCAAAAAAGUAAGGGGCCUAGACUGCUGCCCUGGGGAAUUCCUGAUUCUACCUGGAUUUUGUUCCAUUAAAGAACACCUUCUGUGUUCUGUUAGACUGGUAACUCUUUAUCCACAAUAUAGCAGGGUGUGUAAAGCCAUAACACACCAUAUUUUCCAAAAGUUUACUAAGGGUUGGUAACAGGCUGAUUGGUCAGCUAUUUGAGCCAGUUAAGGGGGCUUUACUAUUCUUAGGUAGGGGAAUAACUUUUGCUUCCCUCCAGGCCUGAGGGCACACACUUUUUAGUAGGCUUAAAUUGAAGAUAUGGCAAAUAGGAGUGGCAAUUUCGUCUGCUAUUAUCCUCAGUAAUUUUCCAUCCAAGUUGUCAGACCCUGGUGGCUUGUCAUUGUUGAUAGACAACAAUAAUUUCUUCACCUCUUCCACACUUGCUUUACGGAAUUCAAAAUUACAAUGCUUGUCUUUUCUACAUCUCUUUUGCCUCAUCCCUCUCAACCAUACAAUUUUUCAAUUCUUCAUCAAUCCACAGGGAUUUAACCGUUUUUACAGUCAUUUUCUUAAUGGGUGCAUGUUUAUUAGUAACUGGGAUAAGCAACUUAAUAAAUGUGUCAAGUGCAGCGUCUGGUUGCUCGUCAUUACACACCACGGACCAACAAAUAUUCUUCACAUCAACAACAUAGGAAUCACUACAAAACGUUUUGCAUGACAUCUUAUACACAGUAUUAGGCCCAGCCUUUUGAACUUUGGUUUUCCUAGAUAUGGCUACUAUAUUGUGAUCACUAUGUCCGAUGGAUUUGGAUACUGCUUUCAAACACAUUUCUGCAGUAUUAGUAAAGAUGCGAUCAAUAUAUGUUGAUGAUUUCAUUCCUGUACUGUUUGUAACUACCCUGGUAGGUUGAUUGAUAACCUGAACCAGGUUGCAGGUACAAGUUACAGUUUGAAGCUUUCUCUUGAGUGGGCAGCCUGAUGAAAGCCAUUCAAUAUUUAAAUCACCCAGAAAGUAUACACCUCUAUUGAUAUCACAUACAUUAUCAAGCAUUUCACACAUGUUAUCCAGAUACUGACUGUUAGCACUUGGUCUAUAGCAGCUUCCCACCCGAAUGGGCUUUCGGUGAGGCAGAUGAAUCCGUAGCCAUAUUACUUCAACAGUAUUUAACAUGAGAUCCUCUCUAAGCUUUACAGGAACGUGGUUCUGAAUAUAAACAACCACACCUCCACCUUUUGGCAUUUGUCUUUUCUGUGGAUCUCAUAACCAUGUAUUGCUACCACUGUAUCAUCAAAGGUAUUAUCUAAGUGAGUUUCAGAGAUGGUCAGAAUAUGAAUGUCAUCUGUUACUAGCAAAUUAUUGUUUCUUAAGCUAUAUGUGUUAACGUGGGCUAUUUUUAACACUUUUCAGGGAUGCUUGAUUGUUUUUCUUGCUUUACUGGGAAGCUUAGCAGAGGUAGACAUGCACAGGUUAUUUUUAUUAGUGCAGGGUGAGCGGCACACAGUUGACUUCCUACUAGGGCGCACCACCUCAGUGCUAACAGUAUUACUCUGGUUCAUAGGCAUAUGAUUACUGCAUACAAUAGCUGUAGGAUCAGCAGAGGCAUUGUAUCUUCCAAUGCCCCUAGGAUAAUGUACAUUUGCUGAAGCAUUAUGACAACUCAGCGACACAAUGGUAGGGAUUAAAUGAGCUGGACUUGGGUCAUUGAUAAGUCAUUGUCUGAACACAGCCUUAUAAUGCUGUGAAAGGAUCCAGGAACCCAAAUGAUUUGGGUGGAACCCAUCCUCCUUAUAAUACGAGCUUUGUUUCCAGAAGGUAUCAAAAUUGUCAAUAAAUGUUACACCCACAGAGCUGCAAUAGUCUCGUAGCCAGUUAUGGAGGGCUAAAAGUCUGCUGAACCGUUCAAUGCCACGUUUUAGGGAGGGCAGAGGGCCAGAUAUUAUGGGGCAUUUGUUGGUAUCAAGUAGAGACCCAAUCAGUUCUUUAAAAUCCAUCUUCACUUGUUCUGAGCUGCCCUUCAUAAUGUCAUUUGACCCCACAUGAACCAUGACAGUAUCAGCCCCCGAUGACUGACUCAGCCUCGGGAAGCAACCUGGUGAUAUGCUGAACUUUUCCCCAGGUACAGAUAUAUGCCUCACUAUCGACCUCCCUAUCACAAUCGCCGGAAUGAUCCGGCCUCUGCCGUGUCUCGAAGCAGAUUGCGAGGCCAGAGCCACAGAACUCACCUAAGAAGAGGGCUGCUGAGAUGCCGGCUGUGUGCAGGCCACAACAGCCAAGGGGACAGAGCUCUGAUCCAGAGAGCACGGCCCAGCAGAGGGGGGCCGCGGUGGUCCAGGCUGUGCCAAGGCAGUUGAUUGGUCACUAACUCCCUCUGCCCUCCCCCCUCAGGUCAGUGCAUCCCCUAGCUGUGUGCGGGCAGCCAUGAAGAUGUUGUACUGUCCCUACUGCAAAGGCCAGGUGGCCCUCAAGCCUUGCCAGAACUACUGUCUCAACGUGAUGCGUGGCUGUCUGGCCAACCAGGCCGACCUCGACACAGAGUGGAACAACUUCCUGGGUAAGGGCUUUCAUAUCCAAGGACCAGUUAAACAUUCUCGAAUGAGUGAGUGAGUGAGUGGGAGAGAGAGAGUGUGUGUGGCUUCUGACACUCUACCCCUUACUGGGGUCUGCUGCCCCCUCCCUGUGUGGCAGCUUUACUGGGUCUUACUUUGGGCGCCUUGUUAAGUCCUCAAACUGUUUAACAACCCCCUGCUCUGAGUGCUCCAAGUAAACUUAGGAUCACAACAUUCUGACUCUCUGCGAUGUGCGUCGCCCUGUUGGUAGAAACAGGCCAAAUCACCCCAUGGUGAAAAUGGCAGACAAAAUCUAGGCCAAAAUUCACAUAAUUAGUUUGGUUUUGGGGGUGUUUGUUUGCAGUUAUUGCAGGGUUGCAGUUAUUGUGUCCAUGACUAACUGAGUUGUGUGUUAUCAGAUGCCAUGUUGAGUCUGGCUGAGAGGCUGGAGGGGCCCUUCAAUUUUGAGUCUGUGAUGGACCCCAUUGACGUUAAGAUCUCUGAGGCCAUCAUGAACAUGCAGGAGAACAGCAUGCAGGUGUCACAGAAGGUCAGUCACUUCCUGUCUGUUUGUCUUUGACUGUGUGUUAGUGUCUGUAUUCGCCAACCUGUCUGUCUGUGUGCCUGCCUGGUAGCCUGUGUCUGUCUCUGUAUGUCUGUACAUGCCACUCACUUGCCUCUCCACUCCUCCAGGUGUUCCAGGGGUGUGGUCAGCCUAAACCAAGUAAAGGUUUCCGGUCGCGUCGCUCAGUCAAGGAGACAGGAUUCACUGGUCGCUUUCGUCCCUACAGCCCCGACGCACGGCCCACUACUGCUGCUGGCACCAGCCUGGACAGACUGGUAAGGCAUUGUCAGCCAUCUGGCCCAACUGUCAGCAUACAUUCAAGAGUUUUCACGUGAGAAUCCAAAGUCUUUCAAAUGGACUUGGCAUAAAUGAAUGAUCCAUCUCUGUUUGCCUGCCUCCCUCCUUCUGCCCAGACGACAGACGUGAAGAAAAGGCUGAAGCAUGCUAAGAAGUUCUGGUCCACGCUGCCAGAGACCGUGUGUGCUGGGGAGAGGAUUAUGUCGAGGGAUGACUGUUGGAACGGAACAGCAACGAGCAGGUUAGUUUGGCAGGUUGUUUUCUCAGGUCACUCCCUUGACACAGACACCAACCAACAGUGUCUGCGUCCCAAAUGAGACCUUAUUCUCAAUUUAGUGCACUACUUUUCAAACGUAGUACACUAUUUAGGGAAUAGGGUACCAUUUGGAAUAAAGCCAACAUUCUGAAGGCAUAAAGUAAGGUUGCUGCAGAUGGUGAACUAACAGUAUGUGCUUGGUAGGAUCUCCACAUUCAUUCUUGACCUUCUGCCAUAGGUACGAGUCUGUUGUCAUGGGCAACGGAUUGGCCAAUCAGGUGUCCAACCCGGAUGUGGAAGUGGACAUUACAAAGCCAGACGUGGUGAUUCGCAGUCAGAUCGCAGUGUUGAAGGAAAUGACCAGCUGGCUGAAGGCUGCCCAAAGCGGCAAUGACAUCUCCAUCAACCAAGGUGAGGAUGGUAAGAACUAACAGAUUAACUUACUUACUGAGGCCCAUUGCCCCAUGCAGAGUAUCUGGGUUGGACACCUGAUUGGCACCCUCUACAGGGAACUAAACCUUUGGCAAUCUUCUCCAUUUCAAUAGACUGGUGUGUUGACAACAUCAUGACAAUGAUGUGCGCGUAACUCUGAGGUAAAAGGCUGUGUGUUGUUGUUUUCUGAACAGUCAGAUAGCUAGCAACAAUGACAAGAAGCUGAUGUGUGGUGAAUAGUCCCGUGUAGCUCAGUUGGUAGAGCAUGGCGCUUGCAACGCCAGUGUUGUGGGUUCGAUUCCCACGGGGGGUCAGUAUGAAAAUGUAUGCACUCACUAACUGUAAAUUGCUCUGGAUAAGAGCGUCUGCUAAAUGACGUAAAUGUAAAUUGUAGAUGACAACUAUUUGUAUCUUGUUUUGACAUGUUGACGUGUUUUGACUCAUGUCACAUCUAUGAUAAUAUGGCAAAAAUUAGCAAGCUAACUAACCAACAACUGUAACAAUGUAUUUGAGAGUAAAGUACUUAUUGGGCAAAUAUAUUUAUGUUUUCAAUAAACAUUUGCAUACGAAAUUUCGCUUACAAGUUGUCAAUAAUCCUUUGAUUGUUGGUAAACACCCCACCUGUCUAUAGAUUAGCUGGUCUAGAUAUUCUGCUCAUGUCUUCUGUUUGACGACCAUUGCCUCCCUGUUAGAGAAGGAACCUUAUAUGCCAUUUAGCAGACACUUUUAUUCAAAGCGACUUAGUCAAGCGUGCUUACAUUUUUUACGUAUGGGUGGUCCCGGGAAUUGAACCCACUAUCCUGCCGAUGCAAGCGCCAUGCUCUACCAGCUGAGCUAGAGAGGACCACAACCUUUGGUGUUACCAUAAAAAUGUCACAACAGACUUGAAGAGUUCUAUUUUCAUCCCCUGAAUGCUGUGUCUAUUCCUGUGUUCAUGGCCUCAUCAACCUGCUCCCAUUUUUUGCCUCCUGAAAUCUUCUCUCUCUCUCUCUCUCUCUCUCUCUCUCGGUCAUCGCUCCUCUCUCUCAUCGCUCUCUCACUCUCGUCUCUCUCCUCUCUCUCUCGGCUCUCGAUCUCUCUCUCUAUCUAUCGCUCUAUAUAUAUAUCUCUCGCUUCUCUGCUCUAUCUUCUCUCUUCUCAGAUGAGGAUGUGUUUUAGCGGGGAGAGGAGAGCGGCAGCAGCGGCUGUGACUCUCCGUCCUGUGAGGCGGACCGGGACAUCUACUUCUCCACCCCACCCAUCCCCAUCAACCCCCGCGUGGUCAAGGUGGUGCACCAGGAAACGACUGGUGGAGGCAGUGUGGCACAUGGGAGCAUGGCACUGGCACUCUGUGUGCUCACCCUGGCCCUGCUCGCCCCCCACUGGAGAUAAACGGCCAAGGGAGGGAAAGGGAGAGAGAGUGAGAAAGUAAGACGGAGAGAAGGGGAAAAACUGUCAGAGACUUUUAAAAAGACUGCCUUCAGGACCUCGGUCUGCCCGCCAUCAUGUGGAAGACUCUUGAGUUAUUAUAUAACUUUUAAUUUUUUGUUUGUUUUUAUAAAAAUGGACAAUAGUGUACAGCGAUUUUCUUCAAAAAUGUUCACCACUUUUUUUUUCUUUUUUUUUCUUGUUGUCCUGAUUAACUGAUUCACCGCUUGUGGCACCUUUGAGCUAGAAUCCCUCCCGCCACAUCACCAACAGUGUUUUGAGUUCUUCCAUUUUAUCCCAUUAUUCAAAUUUUUGUUGUCCAUUUAUCUGAGAGUUAGUCAAAUUCGAAGCAGGAUAUGGUUUGUGUGUUUCUGUGUUUUGUAGUGUGUUAUAAAAAUUAAGCCCUCUAUUCACCAAUGCAUUCCCCUUACCAAGAAAACAACUAAGGAUCAAUGUAGCAAGUAUUCCUGGUUUGUCAGUGUAUGUGUGUCCAUAUUGGUUUUUCUGUUUGUGUGCUUGUUUGUGUGUAUGAGUGAGAGUGCUUCCUUUUUAGAUAUAUUGGCAGUAUCUUCGGGCUGGCCAGGGAUGAAUGUGGCUAUGCCAGAAAAGAGAACAUCUUGGUUACAUGUUGAAGCUCUAGACUGGCUCUGAGCUAAGAGUACAGUAGUUCUGUGGGAAAAUACUAAGAAGUUACAGGGCUGAUGUUUAGAUGGUUCGAUAGGAGAUUGAACUAGCUGGCGAGGGGUUCUGGGGGAUUCUGUGUGCCCAGGUGUGCAUCCAUAAUGUGGAAGGAGUACCACAUCCCAAACGACACUCUCAAAUACAAAACCAGUCCACUGAGAUCAUACCUCGUGUGUUCUCUGAAUCAUCAUUAUACACAAGCAGUGUUGAAAUUGAAAGUGUCUGAUGGAGGGGGGAGGUCCUGAUGUAGGCUAGAAGAGAAAGCUGGUGACUUGAGAGGAGGGACCCCCCUCCCUGUCAUUCCCCUAUAGAAGGCAGAGCUGACAAAGAGCAGUCCUCAGUGUCCUGGGGCAGAGAGUCUAUUCAGUUCAGAGCAGACUCAGACUCUGCACAGUCUGUCUUACAUAUGAUAAAAUGA